UCUUCCCCAAGCCACAGUCUCUCUCUCUCUCUUUCUCUCUCUAGAAAAAGCCAUGGCGACGGCGAGGCCGACGCACCUCCAGCUGCUCGCCCUCGCUGUCGCGCUCUCCUCCCUCGCCGCGAUCGCCUCCGCCGCCGUCUUCUUCGAGGAGCGCUUCGACGAUGGAUGGGAGACUCGAUGGGUUAAAUCUGAUUGGAAGAAAGAUGAUAACAUGGCCGGGGAGUGGAACUAUACGUCUGGUAAAUGGAAUGGAGAUGUUGAUGACAAAGGUAUCCAAACAAGUGAAGACUAUAGGUUCUACGCCAUAUCAGCUGAGUACCCUGAAUUCAGCAACAAGGACAAGACUCUAGUCUUCCAGUUUUCUGUAAAACAUGAACAGAAACUUGACUGUGGUGGUGGGUACAUGAAGCUACUCAGUGGGGAGGUUGAUCAGAAAAAGUUUGGUGGUGACACCCCAUACAGCAUCAUGUUUGGACCGGAUGUCUGUGGCUACAGCACCAAGAAAGUUCAUGCUAUUCUCACUUAUAAUGAAACUAAUCACCUGAUCAAAAAGGAUGUUCCUUGUGAGACAGAUCAGCUUACUCAUGUUUAUACUUUCGUCCUCCGUCCUGAUGCUACCUAUACUAUCUUGAUUGACAAUGUUGAGAAACAAUCUGGUAGCUUGUACUCUGACUGGGAUCUUCUCCCACCAAAGCAGAUCAAGGAUCCCGAGGCAAAGAAACCUGAAGACUGGGACGACAAGGAGUACAUUCCUGAUCCUGAAGACAAGAAGCCAGAGGGGUAUGAUGACAUCCCGAAAGAAAUACCAGAUCCCGAUGCCAAGAAGCCCGAAGACUGGGACGAUGAGGAGGAUGGUGAGUGGACUGCCCCGACCAUUGCCAACCCUGAAUACAAGGGUCCAUGGAAUCCAAAGAAAAUUAAGAAUCCUAACUACAAGGGGAAGUGGAAGGCACCAUUGAUUGACAACCCAGACUUCAAAGAUGACCCGGAACUCUAUGUUUUCCCCAAGUUGAAGUAUGUUGGGAUUGAACUAUGGCAGGUCAAAUCUGGAACCAUGUUCGAUAAUGUCUUGAUAUGUGAUGAUCCUGAGUAUGCCAAGAAGGUUGCUGAAGAAACAUGGGGCAAGAACAAGGAUGCUGAGAAGGCAGCAUUUGACGAGGCUGAGAAGAAAAGAGAGGAAGAGGAAGCCAAGGAUGAGCCAGUAGAUUCUGACAUCGAGGAUGAAGAUGAUGAUGCCGAUGCUGAUGAUGCUGAUGACGAUUCUGAUUCCGAAAUUAAAGCAGCAGAUGAGAGCGCUGAGUUUGCUGACCCUAAGGACGAAGUAAAGGAUGAGUUGUAGAGAGAGCAGAGCAAUAAGCUGACCAGUUGGGUUCGACAUGAGCUCGGUGCCUGAAAGAUUUUUCUUUGUCUAUCUUUUACAAUAUAGAUGUAGGCCAUUUCUUUAGAGGGAGAGAACUGUAGGAGGCUGAUCCCAAGACUGAGUGACUGAUUGCAUCUAUAUCCAUUUUGAAUGAUUGAGUUUUUCGAACGAAGGCAAAUGUUCGUUUUUAGAACAA